AUGAGUGUGAUUUUUCUCCUCCUCGUGGGGCUGUGGUUGUUGGAGGUAGAAGGCAGAAGAAACAGAUGUCUCUUCAACCGCACUCAGGAGUUGUGUGUGUGCUACAACCUGUCCGAGGAAACGGUAGGCAGCAUCAUCCAGUGCCUCGCAGCAACUGUGGUGGAGUUUCAGGGAGGAGAGCUGGAGAAAUACGUGUCCUUCCCCAUCAGGGACCUGGACCCCUCUACCAUUGACACUCUGGGCUCCCUCAUUAUCCAAAAAAUCAUUAUUGCUGAUGUCCUGGUGCCUGAGGUCCUCCUCGCCCGUGUGCUGAGAUUCUUCUCCUACACUCACGUGAAGGAGCUGGCAUUUGAGAGCUGUGUUUUCCAGGGAACAGGAGACUGGGAUGAAAUGGAGGGCCAGAACUUGCCCAUAUUGUCCUUGAGCUUCCACAAUGUGACAGCUAGCCCACUGGCAGCCCAUGAACAGGUCUUUUCCAGCCUGAGCACUUGGCUGGAGACCCUGCAGGAGCUGGCUGUCACCAGCUCCCGCGUCAGCAGCCUGCCCUGUGCCAUGGGAAGGGUGUUCAGAGCUCUGCGCUCCCUGGACCUGGCACAAAACAGCCUUGGGGAUGGGAGCCUGAAGCCUUCCUUCUGCCAGGGAGCUUUCCCUCAGCUCCAGGUGCUGAGUCUGCAGCACAACGACCUGACAUCCUACCACAGUGUAUGCCAGAGUGUGCAGCUGCUGCAGGAGCUCCAGCACCUCGAUCUCAGCCAGAACAAGCUCAUGGCAGACCCAUCCUCCUCCUGCCAGUGGCCAACAUCCCUCCGGAUCUUCAACCUGUCUGACACCGGCUUGGAUGCAGUGCUGACCCCUCUACCUCCCAGCCUGGAAGUGCUGGACAUGAGCCACAACCACCUCUGUGCUGUAGACAUCUCCCUCAGCUCCCUGAAGCAGCUCUUCCUGAGCCAAAACAUGCUGCAGGCUGUGCCCUCUAUCAGGAACUUCCCCAUGCUGGACACCCUCGACCUGGACAACAACUCGAUCAUGGAGCUGCCGUGGGAGGAGGUGAAGCUCCUGGGGCAGCUGCAGAACGUGACUGCGGCUGACAACCCCUACGACUGUUCGUGCUCCGGGGCCGGGGGGCUGCAGGCGCUGGCAGCCAAGGGGCGCCUGGGGCAGGAGUGGCCGCAGG